AUGCCGGAGAUUUAUGGACCUCAGCCAUUAAAGCCACUCAAUACGGUGAUGAGACAUGGGUUUGAAGAGCAAUACCAAAGUGACCAACUUUUACAAUCACUCGCGAAUGAUUUCAUAUUCUACUUUGAUGAUAAACGACACAAAACUAAUGGAAAUCCGAUUCCUGAAGAGGAUAAACAACGAGAUGUAAAUCGUUAUUACCAGCCGAUUACCGAUUGGAAGAUUAUGAAAGAUCGACAGAAGACAGUAAGUGCGGCCCUUUUAUUAUGCUUGAAUUUAGGUGUCGAUCCCCCUGAUGUUAUGAAGACACAUCCCUGUGCCAGAGUUGAAGCAUGGGUAGACCCAUUGAAUUUCCAGGACUCGAAGAAAGCAAUAGAACAAAUUGGUAAAAACUUACAAGCACAGUACGAAACUCUGUCUUUGAGAACACGCUAUAAACAAAGCUUGGAUCCUUGUGUAGAGGAUGUCAAACGGUUUUGCAACUCGCUAAGAAGAACUUCUAAGGAAGAUAGGAUACUUUUCCACUACAACGGACAUGGUGUGCCUAAGCCUACAAAAUCAGGUGAAAUUUGGGUUUUCAACAGAGGUUAUACACAAUAUAUUCCGGUAUCUUUGUAUGACCUGCAAACUUGGUUAGGUGCGCCAUGUAUAUUUGUCUAUGAUUGCAACAGUGCUGAAAAUAUAUUAAUCAACUUUCAGAAGUUUGUGCAAAAGAGGAUUAAAGAUGAUGAAGAGGGAAAUCAUGAUGUUGCCGCGCCAUCACCAACUUCAGCUUAUCAAGAUUGUUUCCAAUUAGCCUCUUGCACUUCCGAUGAACUUUUACUUAUGAGUCCGGAACUACCCGCAGAUUUGUUUAGUUGUUGUUUGACCUGUCCAAUAGAGAUUAGCAUCCGUAUCUUUCUCAUGCAGUCACCCUUAAAAGAUUCUAAAUAUAAAAUUUUCUUCGAAAAUAGUACUUCAAAUCAACCGUUUGGUGAUAGUAAGAACUCGUUCAAGUCCAAAAUACCCAACGUCAAUAUCCCUGGAAUGUUGUCGGAUAGGAGAACGCCGUUGGGAGAACUAAAUUGGAUUUUUACAGCUAUAACGGACACAAUUGCAUGGACAUCCCUCCCCCGACCACUUUUCAAAAAAUUAUUCAGACAUGAUUUAAUGAUUGCUGCGCUUUUCAGAAAUUUUCUUCUAGCCAAAAGAAUAAUGCCGUGGUACAAUUGCCAUCCUGUAUCUGAUCCAGAAUUACCAGAUAGUAUAACCACACAUCCAAUGUGGAAAUCUUGGGAUUUAGCCAUGGAUGAAGUACUGACUAAAAUAGUCAUUGAUCUGAAAAAUGCUCCUCCCGCUACUGCCUUAGAGAGUCAGAUGAUUCUACAACAACAAGAAACCUUACAGAAUGGUGGCAGCUCUAAGUCGAAUGCCCAAGAUACGAAAGCCGGAAGUAUUCAAACACAAUCGAGAUUUGCAGUGGCCAAUUUAAGUACAAUGUCUCUAGUAAAUAACCCUGCUCUCCAAUCAAGAAAAUCUAUAUCUUUGCAAAGCUCACAGCAACAAUUACAGCAGCAGCAACAACAACAACAACAAUUUACAGGAUUUUUUGAACAAAAUUUGACUGCUUUUGAAUUGUGGUUGAAAUAUGCUUCAAAUGUCAGACACCCGCCUGAGCAGCUUCCUAUCGUUUUACAGGUUCUUCUUUCGCAAGUGCAUCGUAUACGUGCGUUGGUACUUUUAUCCAGAUUUUUAGAUUUAGGCCCGUGGGCUGUCUACCUGUCACUUUCAAUAGGUAUCUUCCCCUACGUUUUGAAGCUGCUACAAAGUCCAGCACCUGAGUUGAAGCCCAUCCUAGUUUUUAUUUGGGCCCGUAUCAUGUCAAUAGAUUACAAAAACACGCAAAGUGAAUUAAUCAAAGAAAAGGGUUAUAUGUAUUUUGUUACAGUGUUAGUACCUGAUUGGGGUGUUAAUGGCAUGUCAGCUACAAAUGGCUCAGCCAUGAUAAAUAGUGGGAACCCGUUGACAAUGACUGCAUCGCAGAAUAUAAAUGGUCCAUCUUCAAGAUAUUAUGAACGCCAGCAAGGAAAUAGAACAUCCAACUUGGGCCACAAUAAUCUUCCAUUUUAUCAUUCUAAUGAUACCACCGAUGAACAAAAAGCUAUGGCUGUCUUUGUUUUGGCAUCAUUCGUUCGAAACUUUCCUCUGGGGCAAAAAAAUUGUUUUAGUUUGGAACUGGUCAACAAGUUGUGCUUUUAUAUUGAUAAUUCUGAGAUACCCCUACUAAGACAGUGGUGUGUUAUUUUAUUAGGUUUAUUGUUUGCUGAUAACCCCUUAAACAGGUUUGUAUGUAUGAAUACUGGUGCUGUUGAAAUAUUACUAAAAUCUUUGAAGGACCCUGUACCUGAAGUUAGAACAGCUUCUAUAUUUGCAUUGAAGCAUUUCAUAUCUGGAUUUCAAGAUGCAGAGGUAAUUUUGAGAUUGCAACAAGAAUUUGAAGAACAGUAUCAGCAAUUACAUUCGCAAUUACAGCAUCUCCAAAAUCAAUCCCAUCUACAACAACAACAGUCCCAGCAACAGCAGCAGCAUCUUGAGCAGCAGCAGAUGAAAAUUGAAAAGCAGAUUCGUCAUUGUCAAGUUAUGCAAAAUCAACUAGAAGUUAUUGAUUUGAGGAAGUUAAAAAGACAGGAAAUUGGCAACUUGAUCUCAAUCUUACCUUUAAUCAAUGAUGGUUCAUCAUUAGUCCGUAAGGAACUAGUCGUAUAUUUUUCGCAUAUUGUGAGUCGUUACUCUAACUUUUUUAUUGUAGUUGUAUUCAAUGAUUUGUUGGAAGAAAUAAAACUUUUAGAGAAAAGUGAUAUCAAUACUCGAAACACUUCCGAUAAGUAUUCAGUUAGUCAGGGUUCCAUUUUCUACACUGUUUGGAAAUCUCUCUUGAUUCUAGCCGAAGAUCCCUUUUUAGAGAACAAGGAAUUAUCCAAGCAGGUUAUAGAUUAUAUUUUGCUUGAAUUAAGCGCCCAUAAGGAACUUGGUGGACCAUUUGCAGUUAUGGAAAAAUUUUUGUUGAAAAGAAGCUCGAAAGCUCACCAAACUGGUAAAUUUGGAUUUAAUUCUUCGCAGGUUCAAUUUGUAAAAAGUUCAUUACGAUCAUUCUCACCAAAUGAGAGGGUAGAUAAUAAUGCAUUCAAAAAAGAGCAACAACAGCAUGACCCAAAGAUAUCUCAUCCAAUGCGGACAUCUUUAGCUAAACUUUUCCAGAGUCUUGGUUUUAGCGAAUCCAAUAGUGACUCUGAUACUCAAUCAUCAAAUACUUCGAUGAAAUCGCAUACCUCAAAAAAGGGUCCCUCGGGCUUAUAUUUAUUGAAUGGCAAUAAUAAUAUUUAUCCUACAGCUGAGACUCCAAGAUUCCGGAAGCAUACAGAACCCUUACAAUUGCCAUUAAAUAGUUCCUUUUUAGACUAUUCACGUGAAUAUUUUCAAGAACCACAAAUGAAAAAGCAAGAGGCGGAUGAACCUGGCAGUGUUGAGUAUAAUGCUAGAUUGUGGAGACGUAACAGAAAUGAAACUAUUAUCCAGGAAACACAGGGGGAGAAAAAAUUAUCGAUUUAUGGGAAUUGGUCCAAAAAAUUGAUUAGUUUAAAUAACAAAAGUCAACCAAAACUGAUGAAGUUUGCCCAGUUUGAAGAUCAGCUGAUUACUGCAGAUGAUAGAAGUACCAUUACAGUUUUUGAUUGGGAGAAAGGAAAGACUUUGUCCAAAUUCUCCAAUGGUACUCCUUUUGGCACAAAAGUUACUGACCUGAAACUCAUUAACGAGGAUGACUCCGCCCUUUUAUUGACAGGUUCUUCAGACGGUGUUAUCAAAAUAUACAGAGACUACCAAGAUGUCGACACCUUUAAAAUUGUAUCCGCCUGGAGAGGCUUGACCGAUAUGUUAUUGACACCUAGAUCCACAGGUUUACUAACCGAAUGGUUACAAAUAAGAGGAUCAUUGUUAACAACUGGUGAUGUUAAGGUUAUCCGUGUCUGGGAUGCGCAUACAGAAACGGUUGAAGUGGACAUUCCUGCAAAAACAUCAUCUUUAAUUACAUCCUUGACGGCUGAUCAGCUAGCAGGUAAUAUCUUCGUAGCAGGGUUUGCAGAUGGCUCCCUGAGAGUAUAUGAUCGCCGUCUCGAUCCAAGAGAUUCCAUGAUACGUCGCUGGAGAGCUGGAAAUGAUAAGCAGGGAGUUUGGAUUAACAAUGUUCAUUUACAAAGAGGUGGUUACAGAGAAUUGGUCAGUGGAGCUACCAAUGGUGUUGUAGAGUUAUGGGAUAUAAGGUCCGAAGAUCCGGUAGAAUCGUUUGUUGAUCAAAACGUAACUUCUCAGUACGGUUCGCAACAAAAACCAACGACAAUGACGUGCAUGCAGGUUCAUGAGCAUGCUCCGAUAAUUGCGACAGGGACUAAACAAAUAAAGAUAUGGACGACAUCUGGAGAUCUUUUGAAUUCUUUUAAAAACUCACAUAAUAAUGGCGUAACAAGUACAUUAGCCGCUACGGGAAUCCCAAAGUCACUGUCCUACUCUUCCACUUCUGAUGCAUUUUUAUCUUCGAUGGCUUUCCAUCCUCAUAGAAUGAUGAUUGCGGCCACCAAUUCUCACGAUUCUAUUGUAAAUAUCUACAAGUGUGAAGACGAGAGAAUUGAUUAUUUUUGA